AUGAAGAUGAUUGGGUGGAAGAAGAAACUCUGCAGGGGGCAUCACCUGUGGGCCCUGGGCUGCUAUAUGCUGCUGGCCGUUGUUGCUCUGAGACUUUCUCUCAGGUUAAAAUGUGACAUAGAUUCCCUGGAUCUGGAAUCCAGGGACUUUCGAAGCCAGCGCUGUAGGGACAUCUUGUACAAGUCCCUGAAGCUGCCAGCAAAGAGAUCCAUCAACUGUUCUGGGGUCACCCGAGGGGACCAGGAGGCAGUGGUCAAGGCUCUCCUGGACAAUCUGGAGGUCAAGAAGAAGCGGGAGCCUUUCACAGACACCGAUUACCUCAACAUGACCAGAGAUUGUCAGCAGUUUAAGUCCCAAAGGAAGUUCAUACAGUUCCCACUGAGCAAAGAAGAGUUAGACUUCCCCAUCGCAUACUCUGUGGUGGUCCAUGAGAAGAUUGAAAACUUUGAACGGCUGCUGCGAGCUGUGUAUGCCCCUCAGAACAUAUACUGCGUCCAUGUGGAUGAGAAGUCCCCAGAAACUUUCAAAGAGGCAGUCAGGGCCAUUAUUUCCUGCUUCCCAAAUGUCUUCAUGGCCAGUAAGUUGGUCCGAGUGGUUUACGCCUCCUGGUCCAGGGUGCAGGCUGACCUGAACUGUAUGGAAGACUUGCUCCAGAGCUCGGUGCCUUGGAAAUACUUACUGAAUACAUGUGGGACAGAUUUUCCUAUAAAGACCAAUGCUGAGACGGUCCUGGCCCUCAAGAUGUUGAAUGGGAAGAACAGUAUGGAGUCCGAGAUACCUAUUGAGUACAAAAAGUCUCGCUGGAAAUACCACUAUGAGGUGACAGACACGUUGCACCUAACCAGCAAGAUGAAGGACCCUCCCCCUGAUAACUUACCCGUGUUCACAGGGAAUGCCUAUUUUGUGGCUUCUCGAGCCUUUGUCCAACAUGUCUUAGAGAACCCCAAAUCCCAACGACUGAUCGAAUGGGCAAAAGACACCUAUAGCCCCGAUGAACACCUCUGGGCCACCCUUCAGCGUGCACCGUGGAUGCCUGGCUCUGUCCCCUACCACCCGAAGUUUCACAUCUCAGACAUGACCGCCAUUGCCAGGCUGGUCAAAUGGCAGUUCCACGAGGGAGACAUCAGUAUGGGGGCGCCUUAUGCACCUUGCUCUGGAAUCCACCAGCGGGCUAUCUGCAUUUAUGGGGCUGGGGACCUGCACUGGAUUCUUCAGAGUCAUCACCUCUUGGCGAACAAGUUUGACCCAAAGGUGGAUGAUAAUGUUCUGCAGUGUUUAGAAGAGUAUUUACGUUAUAAGGCCAUCUAUGGGACUGAACUCUGA